AUGUCCGAGUCCGCCCCGCCGGCUCCGGCUGCAGCCGUCGCCGCUCCUGAGAAUCCUCCGGCUACCAAGAAGCCGAGGAAACCUGUCAAGGCUGCCCCCAAGAAGCCCACCGGGCCCCCCGUGUCUGAGCUCAUCACCAAGGCUGUGGCCGCUUCCAAGGAGCGCAGCGGGGUGAGCCUGGCUGCGCUCAAGAAGGCGCUGGCGGCCGCCGGCUACGACGUGGAGAAGAACAACAGCCGCAUCAAGCUGGGGCUCAAGAGCCUGGUGAGCAAGGGCACCCUGGUGCAGACCAAGGGCACCGGCGCCUCGGGCUCCUUCAAGCUCAACAAGAAGGCUGCCUCCGGGGAGGCCAAGUCCGGCACCAGCAAGGUCAUGCCCUCCAAGGCCAAGGUGGCGGGGGUUUCCAAGAAGGCUUCGGUCGUGCCUAAGGUCGCCAAGACCCCGAAAAAAGCCAACAAGCCCAGCAAGAGCCCCAAGAAGCCCAAAGUGGUGAAGGCGAAGAAAGUGGCUAAGAGCCCCGCCAAAGUCAAGGCCGUGAGGCCAAAGACGACCAAGGCCAAGGUGGCCAAGCCUAAGGUGUCUGCCAAACCCAAGAAGGUAGCGCCCAAGAAAAAGUGA